CCUAAAAUAUUGGUUGACGUUUGAGGGAGGCUCUGAUAAAAAAUAUUUAUUAGAAGAUUAGAAUUUAGUAAUCAUGCAGAGGGAGGAGAAACAGCUGGACGCUGCCCUCGAGGCGAUAAUCAUGCGAGUGAAUGAUUUGAAAACAGCAAUUGCCUCGAUGAUAUUCAAAUUGGAACACGAGUACGAGACCCUCAAUUGGCCGAGUUUUCUGGACAAUUUUGCUCUCAUCGCGGGUCAUUUAACGAGCCUGUCGAAAAUUCUGGCUCACGACAAAGCCCCGAACCUUCGGAAUUUGACAGUUCUUCCUCUCCUCCUGAGCCCUGAAAAGGAUGAGGAACUGAUGAGAAUGACAGAGGGAAGAAUUUCCACUUUUGCUCAUGAUUUAGUGCCUGAUUACCUGAGGACAAAGCCAGAGCCCCAGGCUGAGCAAAAGAUGAUGCAACUCGAGGUGAAAGCUGCCAAUUUGAGCUACGACGCAUCACACAAACAAGUGGCACAGUAUAACAAAGUGAUAAAUCAUGUUUGGGAUAUCGCGAAUAAAGCGAGAGAGGAAUGGGAAAGUGAGGCUGGAGCCAGGACAGCUCAGGCCCAAACCAGCAGCCCUGCUGAUACAAAUAUCCUCGUUGCUGCUGUUGGAAUGGGAAAAGGACUCAAAUCUGAUUCUGUGCAAAUGGUGCAGUCUGGAGUGAAUAAUGUCCCCUCGGGGAUGAUUGUGGGACGUCCUGGCAGUCAACCUGGAGCUGGAGGACAGGGACCAAUGGGAAAUCCUCAGAUGGGACAAAUGGGAAAAGCCCCGAGCGCCAUAAAAACGAACAUCAAGGCAGCAUCACAGAUUCAUCCCUAUGGAAGAUAAAACUUCUCCAAA